AUGGCCCGCCGGGGGGCUGCCGCGCUGGCACUGGCCCUCGCGUUGCUGGCGGUGGUCCUGGCCGGGGUGGGCGCCCAGGGCGCAGCCCUCCAGGCCCCGGACUACUACGUGCAGGAGACCUGGAGCCGGGAGCCCUACUACGCGCGCCGGGAGCCCGAGCCCGAGCCCUUCUCGCCGCCGCUGCCCGCGGGGACCGGGGACGGGGAGCGGGAGCGGGAGCCGCGUCCGCCGGAGCCCAGGCCGCCCAAGAAGGCGACCAAGCCCAAGAAAGCGCCCAAGAGGGACAAGUUGGCUCCAGAGACGCCUCCACCAGGUAAAAAUAGCAACAGAAAAGGCGUGAGAACCAAGAGCUCUGAGAAGGCUGCCAAUGAUGAUCACAGCGUUCCCGUGGCCCGUGGCGAUGUCAGCAAGGGUUGCCCACCUCUUGGUCUGGAAACCUUAAAAAUCACAGACUUCCAGCUUCAUGCGUCUACUUCCAAGCGCUACGGCCUCGGGGCGCAUCGAGGGAGACUCAACAUCCAGGCAGGUAUUAAUGAAAAUGACUUUUACGAUGGGGCGUGGUGUGCAGGAAGGAAUGACCUCCAUCAGUGGAUUGAAGUGGAUGCUAGACGUCUGACCAAAUUCACUGGUGUCAUCACUCAAGGAAGGAACUCACUUUGGCUGAGUGACUGGGUGACCUCCUACAAGGUCAUGGUGAGCAAUGACAGCCAUACAUGGGUCACUGUUAAGAACGGAUCUGGAGACAUGAUAUUUGAAGGAAACAGUGAAAAGGAGAUCCCUGUCCUCAACGAGCUGCCCAUCCCCAUGGUGGCCCGCUACAUCCGCAUCAAUCCGCGGUCCUGGUUUGACAACGGGAGCAUCUGUAUGAGGAUGGAGAUCCUUGGCUGUCCACUGCCCGAUCCAAAUAACUAUUAUCAUCGAAGGAACGAAAUGACCACCACUGAUGACCUGGAUUUUAAGCACCACAACUAUAAGGAAAUGCGCCAGCUGAUGAAGGUUGUGAACGAAAUGUGCCCCAACAUCACCAGAAUUUACAACAUUGGCAAGAGCCACCAGGGCCUGAAGCUGUAUGCCGUGGAGAUCUCUGACCACCCUGGGGAGCAUGAAGUCGGUGAGCCGGAGUUCCACUACAUCGCAGGGGCCCACGGCAACGAGGUGCUGGGCCGAGAGCUGACCUUGUUGCUGAUGCAGUUCCUGUGCCAAGAGUACUUGGCCCGCAACGCGCGCAUCGUCCGCCUGGUGGAGGAGACCCGGAUUCACAUCCUCCCCUCCCUCAACCCCGAUGGCUAUGAGAAGGCCUAUGAAGGGGGCUCGGAGCUGGGUGGCUGGUCCCUGGGGCGCUGGACCCACGAUGGCAUCGACAUCAACAACAACUUUCCCGACUUAAACACGCUGCUCUGGGAGGCAGAGGACCGACAGAACAUUCCAAGGAAAGUUCCCAAUCACUAUAUUGCAAUCCCUGAGUGGUUUCUGUCUGAAAAUGCCACGGUGGCGGUAGAGACCAGGGCUGUCAUAGCCUGGAUGGAAAAAAUCCCCUUUGUCCUGGGCGGCAACCUUCAGGGCGGCGAGCUGGUGGUGGCGUACCCCUACGACAUGGUGCGGUCCCUGUGGAAGACACAGGAGCCCAGCCCCACGCCCGACGACCACGUGUUCCGCUGGCUGGCUUACUCCUACGCCUCCACGCACCGCCUCAUGACCGAUGCCCGGCGGAGGGUGUGCCACACAGAGGACUUCCAGAAAGAGGACGGGACCGUCAAUGGGGCCUCUUGGCACACUGUCGCCGGAAGUCUCAACGAUUUCAGCUACCUUCACACCAACUGCUUCGAGCUGUCCAUUUACGUGGGCUGUGAUAAGUACCCGCACGAGAGUGAGCUGCCCGAGGAGUGGGAGAAUAAUCGAGAGUCCUUAAUCGUGUUCAUGGAGCAGGUCCAUCGCGGCAUCAAAGGCGUGGUGAGGGACUUCCAUGGGAAAGGAAUUCCGAAUGCCAUUAUCUCUGUGGAAGGCGUUAACCAUGACAUCCGAACAGCCAGCGAUGGGGAUUACUGGCGCCUCCUGAACCCCGGAGAGUAUGUGGUCACAGCCAAAGCCGAAGGGUUCACCUCAUCCACCAAGAACUGCAUGGUCGGCUAUGACAUGGGGGCCACGCAGUGCGACUUCACACUCAGCAAAACCAACCUGGCCAGGAUCAGGGAGAUCAUGGAAAAGUUCGGGAAACAGCCCAUCAGCCUGCCAGCCAGGCGGCUGAAGCUGCGGGGGCGGAAGAGACGACAGCGCGGGUGACCUCCCAACACUUGAGACCUGUCCCGGACCCCUGCAAAUUAAACCACCCCCAGUUGUAGCUCCA